UCCCCCAAAGUUGACAAGGUGGCUUUCCGGAUGGCCUAUGGUGCUAUCCCAAAUACUUCGAAGUUGCGGUUGAGUACGGGUAAGAUUGUGGAAGACGUUCUCUUUAAAUUUGCAAAAGACAUGGACUAUGAGCACCAUGCUCAUUCAUAUAUUGUUGAUUUUGAUGAUGAGAAUGUCAAAGCAUUGUUUACCGAUGAGGAAUGGAAAGAAUUAACUGAAGAUCGAAUUGGGGUUCCAUCUGUUCCAAGCGAUAUUGUAAAAGAGAUGGCAAGAUAUGGAAAAAAAACGGUAGAAGAACUACGUAUAACCGUUAUGACGACGUAUCUUAAAGAUAAAGAACGAUAUGAUAUUUGUAAACAUUUUAAUCAAGAAUGGGUCCAGAUGACUAUGCGAACACUCUGUAAUUUGUACGAAAAUGUAGAUUCCCCGCUGAUAAGGAGCCAAUACGAAGAUUGGUACACAAUUGCGCUUUUCGGAACAUGUAUUGAUUUUUGCAUGAGGGACAUACAAUUAGGAACUGACAUUAAGAGAACAGAUGCACCAUCGGUGAGUAGUGCAAACAGAAAAAAUCGUGGUCGGCAAGCAAACACAAGAAAACUUAUCGGCCGUAAAAUUGAUGGGAUCAUUUAUAGCGUUGACAGAAAGCUUGAAAUCGGGGCUAUCGAAGCUGCAAGAUCUUUCUUGGGUGUUUCUGACCGAAAAUACCUUCUCGAGGCAUUCAAAAUGCCCAAAACUCUUCGAGAUAUGUAUACUGAUCUAAUGAUUGCCGCAAAUUAUGAACAACAAAAAGCAGACAAACUUCAGGUCGUCGGAAUCAUACAUCUUGGGACGUGGAUCCAAUUUGUUAGAUUGUGGCGUGCUGGUGGUUCUAUUUGUAUUUUCCGUAAAGACCCUAGAUCUUUCAAUGUGGAUAGCAAGUUCUCGAAAGAAGCAGUAAAAUCAUUUCUAAAACUUUUAGUAGCAAUAUAUCAACACAAGUUGAUUAUUAAGGACAACCUACAAGUCUUGGAUAUCCGGAAUAACAAUGAUAAUGAAUCACAAGAUGACUUGGAAAAUGAAUUAAUGGAAGCUAGCCAAAUUUCUGCACCUAUAUCUACAGUUGAAUUUUUUGCCGAUAACACCAAGACCCCAAGGAAGUCAAAGAAAAAAAAGCCGGUUAAAAAGAGAAGACUGAACAAUUAAAUUAUAUUUUACGAUGAAUCAAUGUUGCGGUUUUGUUUCUGCUAUUUUUUAAUUGGACAAUUUUUUAUUACAAAAUCAAAUGGCAAUCAUGUUAACACAUAGUCAUAAUGUAUUUUAUACUGCGCAUACCAAUAAAAUUUAUCCUUCCUGAAAAUAAUUUAGCCAUCGGAUCUAAUUUAACAAAAUCAUGACAUCAGGAAAAUCAUCCAAUCUACAUGCAUGUGAAUAUAGCGUUGACUCAAGAAGUUCAUAUUCAAGAAACUCCAGUUCAAGAAAUACAAGAUCUCAUAAUGCAAAAGAUUCAAAGUCAAAAAAGUUCUAAAUUAAAAAAAAUCUCAUACUAGAAAUAAAAAA